GAAAUCGCGUAGCACAUUUUGUGUAAGCGUCGCUUAGCGGUUGUAACGUCACCGAAUCGUCCCAGUGGUCGAAAAAAGGAAUGGUUGCAUUGCUGUCGUUAUUACGAUCGGAUUGCAAGCAGCAGCAGCAGCAGCACCAGCACCAUCAGCAACAACCACAGCAACAGCAAACCAGUAAGAGAGGUCGCCCUUCGACAUCAACCACUACAACCACGACGAGAGGCGGUGUAGUUUUGGCGAGCAGACGCGCCAGCAACACUUGGGACAGUAACAGCUACGAUAGCGGAAACGACAAUGGUGAUGGUACGCGUACGUCUACCCGUGAGGUGGUAUUUCCUGACUCGUUCGAGGUAUUGCCGCAGCCUUGUGAUCUUAGUGUUGUAUAUAUGGGCGUUCCGCACGAGCAACAACGAAAGUUUCGGUGCCAAUUUUGCGGAAAGGGUUAUAGAUGGAAAAGCACGAUGCGUCGCCAUGAAAUGGUCGAAUGCGGAGGCAAGCCGCCGGGUUUUCAGUGCCCUAUAUGCCCUUACAAGGCCAGGCAACGUGGCAAUUUGACGGUACACUACAAGCGUCACCAUCAAAAAAUCGACUACGACGAAAGCGCCUAGAAUCUAAAUCGAAGUUACGAAUUUUGUUGGAUUUACACGAUCGUCCUAGAAAUCGGAACACGUACACGUGCACUUUUCUGCUUCACUUGUUUCGAUUCGACCUAUCUUCCUUCUCGUACCUUAUCGGGUUAAUUUUGCACUAUUUCCCUUUUUUCCUUCGUUUUGUUUCUCAUCUAGAGUUAAUUGCAUUCAGGCGUUGUAAAUAGCUGACGACGAAAUAGUAAAAGGAAUCGUUCGAUUUUCUUUAUCCCGAGUUUGUUACCUCAAUACAAGGAUUUAUUAUAUUUUGAUUCUAUAUCUGUACAUAAUUUCAAUUUAUCUAUCGUUAUUUAAAGUUUCUUUUUACUUUUAUCCUGUAAAAACCGUUUCUUAGAAUUACCGAUUGUGUCUUUCGUUUCUUUCUUCUUUCUUUCUUUCUUUUUUUUUUUCGUUUCCCCGCAUUUUCCAUUGCCAAACGAAGGUCGAACUGGUGUUUACUUUAUCGUUUAAAUCUCCUUUCAACUUGUUUAUUGUAUGUAUAUCGAGUACUUACGAAGAUCGUACUACAAUCGGCGCAAACUUUAAUACGUUAUCUACGAAAUGUCAAGUAAUAAUUUAUUCUAAAAAGGUACGACUACUCGUGGUACUUUCGGCUCUUACGAUAUCGUAAAGUGAAAAUAACAUUGUCAAAUGACAUUUAUCUCGCACGUAAAAGAUUAGGAUAGCCGCUUUCUCUCAUCGACCGAUCAACGUCGAAAUUACAUUGACGAUCGUGUUACCACUUUUGGAAUUUGUUAUCUUAGAGUCGUGUACGUACAUUUUCUUGUACUUUCAUAUAUAUUUUAGACAUUUUUGUGUUUAGAUACUAAGUUAAAUACUUUCAUGUUAAAACAUUACAAGGUACGUAAGGUAAAUGGAACUGAAGAGAUAGUACACAUGAAAUUAUAUAUCACUUCGAUGUAAUAGGGAUAAGCGAUGAUAGUGCCUUCGACAAAACUGAAAAAGGAAAAUAUAUAUAUAUAGAUAUAUGUAUGUAUACACGUACAUGUAUAAGCGCAUGUGCGCUCGAUAUGUAUAAAAGUAAUCUUAGGCGUAAAGCGAUCGUGUAUUUAUCGCGAGCAUUUAUCUCCGGAAAAUCGGUUACCUGAAAACACUUAGAUUUACGAUAGACGAUAAUAAAAGUACCAAAUCUUUCAACUUUGCCCUUCGUUCGAAUACGACGCGCGAUAGCUUUGAUACCUUUGUGCAAUGUAUACUUUGACUAUAGCGCGUGCAACAAACGAAAUGAAAUCUAGUGGCAAAGUGAAAGAUAUAGAUGACGAUGAGUCGUAGGAAUCAUAACGUCAUACCAUAUAUUUUUUUUUUCUUUUCAGAUCGCUACGAAUCUCUGUGAAUCGUAAUCGCAUUUAGAAUGCCUGGUUUGACAAGCAAUCGUAAUCGCUCAGUAUCAGCGAAAUACUUAA